AUGGAGCAUCAUACGAUCGAGGUUGAUUCAAAUCCAAGAAGCUCGGCUUCAGAUUAUGAGAGCGUCGUGUCCGAUACGACCUCAGUGUCAUCCUCAAUUUUCGACUAUGUCUUCGAGAAUGGCCACUCUUAUCACUCCUAUCGCGCGGGGCAAUAUCUUCUCCCAAAUGAUGAGAGUGAACAGGACCGGCUCGACCUUCAACAUCACAUAUUCCGCUUAACACUAGCAGGAGAGAUAACUGCGACAAAGCUGGAAGAUCCACAGAGGAUCCUCGAUGUAGGGACGGGGACAGGAAUCUGGGCGAUUGAUGCCGGAGACAUUUAUCCCUCCGCUGAGGUGAUCGGGGUCGACUUGAGUCCCAUCCAGCCUCAAUGGGCACCUCCGAAUGUGAAGUUUGAGAUCGAUGACCUAACACAACCUUGGACAUUCGAACAAAAUAGCUUCGACUUCAUUCAUGUGCGCACACUGGGCGGGAGCAUAAGGGAUUGGGUGACAUUCUUAAAAGAAGCACAAAAACACCUAAAACCAGGAGGGCGGAUAGAAAUAUCAGAGAUCCGAACACGCUUCCACUGCGACGACGGUUCCCUCUCGGAAGAUACCAGCAGCAUUAAAUUCGAGAGAACCUUCCACGAAAUUGCUGAAAAGAUUGGCAUUGAUUUUGACCCGAUGCUCAACAUGCGGGGCUGGCUCAACGAAGCUGGCUAUGAGGAGAUCCAGGAAACCGAGAAGCUAAUACCGAUCGGUACUUGGCCGAAAGACAAAAAGUUGAAAGGGAUUGGAAUGUAUUACCAAGUCCAUUACUUGACAGGCAUAGAGAACUACAGCAUGGCGCUCUUCACCCGAAAUGGUUGGAAGCAGGAGGAAGUUCAGGUGCUUAUAGCACAAGUGCGCAGUGAAUCGUUGAGUAACAAGUUUCACGCCUAUACGAAAGCUGCUUUUCUUUCCGGACGGAAACCACUAGAGGCAUGA